GUGUGGUACAAAUUACACUGGUCUUGUCUUAUUGUGAGUGGAUUUAAGUGUUUGUACACACAGCAAUCUGAUCGUGGGAACCCCAAGCUGUAGUAUAUGUUUUGAAUUUCAUGAUCUCAUUAUCCUUGCACGUAAAAAAGGGAAAGGCAAUUGGGUGAGGAAAGUAGAUUGGGAUGGGAUGAUGUCAUGUUGUAUCGAUGAAUCGCUAAAUCCCCAGCUUGUUUCAUUUGUGUCUUGACAAAACAGUCCCUUGUUAAGUGAUCGUUUAGUCUUAAGUAUCAUACAAAUAGCCGAUCAGGACCGUCUCUAUUCAAACUGCAUCCUGACGCUAGUCUAUCUCUACUCCCCUAAAGGUAAACCAGUCCGUAUUUCUCCAGUAACCCCUUAUUUCCUUCCAGUAGGAUGGGAAGCGAUGGAGCCCUGAGAUCUUCGAUUGAGCGGCUGGGUUUGAGACUCCCUGUGCUGAGACCAUGAGCCCCCGCAGAGCCCCCACGAUGGCCCAGUCCCUCCUGUAAUGAGGCGCAGAGAUGUGGGGCGCUUCCAUCAUCCACCUGCUCACUGUCUCAGUGCUGUGGAGCUCCGAGAUUGCAGUGGGGAAGAUGUUAAAGGACACUCUGGAGGAAUGGAAUCGAUACCACCUGGAGUGUCGUGAGAAGAUGAUGCACGACCCCUACCCACCAGGUGUGUUCUGUAACCGCACGUUCGAUAUGUAUGCCUGCUGGAGUGAUGGUGUGCCCAACACCACAGCAAAGGUACCGUGCCCAUGGUAUCUGCCCUGGCACGACCAAGUUCGGAAUGGCUUUGUCUUCUGGUACUGCGGCUCGGACGGUCAGUGGCACAUUAACAACUCUGGAUAUCCCAUGAGAGACUAUUCUCAGUGCGAAUUGGACGACAGUCUCCGGAAAGCACAGGAGGAGCAGAUGAGACUCCUGGCCUAUUUCCGGGUCAUGUACACAGUUGGGUAUUCACUGUCUCUCGGAGCUCUGACGCUAGCACUCGCAAUCCUCUUGUCAUUCAGAAAGCUGAGGUGCACUCGGAACAUCAUCCACAGCAACCUGUUUGCCUCCUUCAUGCUGAGAGCGAUCUCCAUCCUCACGAGGGACGCGCUGCUGCUGAGACAGACCAGAGAACUGAGAGACAACCGGGACCCGACCAUCAUGCUGAGCAAUCGGGCUCUGACGGGCUGCAGGCUGGCCCAGGUGCUCAUGCAGUAUUGUGUUGGUGCGAACUACUACUGGCUGCUGGUGGAGGGGCUGUACCUGCACAACCUGCUGGUGGUGAUGGUGUUCUCAGAGAAGAGCUACUUCAGAGGCUACCUGUUCAUUGGCUGGGGAACCCCAGUUUUCUUUGUAGUUCCCUGGGUUGUGGUCAGACACCUUUACGAAGACAUUCAGUGCUGGGAAGUAAAUGAGAACAUGCCCUAUUGGUGGAUUAUACGCUCCCCUAUACUGCUAGCUAUUCUGAUCAACUUCUUCAUAUUCGUCCGGAUUGUACAGAUUCUCGUCUCCAAGCUUCGAGCUCGUCAGAUGAGGUACACGGAUUACAAAUUCAGGCUGGCGAAGUCGACGCUUAUUCUCAUUCCUCUCCUGGGGAUUCAUGAGGUGGUGUUCGCUCUCGUCACAGAGGAGCAAGUCGAAGGAACGCUGCGCAACGUCAAGUUCUUCUUCGAGCUCUUCCUCAACUCCUUCCAGGGCCUGUUGGUUUCCAUUCUGUACUGUUUUAUCAACAAGGAGGUGCAGUCAGAGAUCAGGAAGAAAUGGCAGAGGCGCAACCUGGGUGCAAACCUGAUGGACGAGUCCAGCAAAACACCACAGGGGGCGCCAGCAAGCCGGGGGCAGGGGACGCAGAGAACGGGCACUGCCACCACGGGCCCCUGUACCAGUCUGCCUCCAAGCAGCAGUUCGACGCCAACACAGAGUCCCACAGCUCUUCCGACAACUCCCUCCAGUCCACAGCACCGCCACUCCGGAGCCAGGAAGGGCAAGUCCUUCUGCUACAUCUCCACUCGUAAACAGCCCCCAGACAGCCCAGACUGCCUGCCCCUGCCCAGCACUGGAGGAGCAGGAGAGGGCAGCGUCAUGGUCCAGUGCACUGAGAGCUACCGCUGAGAGGCCGGCGUUUUUAAUUCGCAUCCAUCGUUCUUUUAGUAAAAGGCUUUCUCUGCUGUGAUUGUCAUUUUUAACCGUGCGUUACCCUUCAGGGGUCUCCAGUCAUUCUGAGUGGAUGUGGGUGCUGUUGCUCCUGUAUUCAGUAUACUUUUUUUUUUUUUUUUUUCUAAAUCUGCCUUAUACCUGGAUUUAAGGUUGCCCAGAGAAUCCGAAGCUCUGGGAACGAAUAGCCUUCCUCGUUCCCUUCAAAUCAUGUGGCGGCGUGACCUUUCAACUCUGCCAGCCCCACCUACUGCCUGUAUAAAUGUAGUGCAGGCGGGGCAUCACAUGAUUGGAACAAGAACGUUCAGUCUCAGUCCUUCGGAUUCUCCAGAAAAGCUUCAGUUAAGGCAGAUUUAGUGAACAAACGAGGAGUUGAUAUGAGGGCAACUGAUCCCCGAACAACUUGACAGAACAGCAAACGUCGUUUGAUAGCAAGAGAAAUGUAACAAGCGAUGCUGGGGUGCCACCUUUACUCCAGCCAGACAAUCCAUCAGAUAAUUCAUUUGAAUUCUGCCUUGAAGGCUUUUUGUCAAAGCAACAUGUCAAUGAAAUGACAUGCUACCUUUUUGCCUCGGGGGUCGACUCCUGUUAACAGUUUGUUUUGCCUCCAGGAAUCUCUCGGCUACCGUGUGGAAUGUGUUUUUGUUUGUUUGUUUGUUUUUAAUACAUGUUUACAUGUGUAGUGUUCUUUUGAUUUCACAAGCUUUUCCUGGAAUCUCACAAGAAAUGGAGACGUCCACGUUAAAAUACAGAAGCCGUUUUUUGGGACACUUUCAGGAGCUUUCCCUGCCAAGUUUCAUGUUUAUUGACGAUUUCACUUGAAAUCAUCACACGUGUAAACUGGCCUAUUGUCUUUUUAUAUGUUUCAUGGUGGGGGUUAAUAAGUUAAUUAAGUUGUAAGUUAAUUGUAAAACACAGAGAGGUCUGGUAAAGCAUAGGGAAGCAUUGUAAAGCACAGAGAGGUCUGC